AUGGCGUCCCUACUCCCACCUGAACUACUUACGAUGAUUUUCAGAAAGGUGGACACCAAGACGCUGCACGCGCUACUCUUCUCGUCUGCGACGUUCAACACAAUCGCUGAGCCCAUUCUUUACGAAGAUGUCGUACUUCGACCGUCAAACGAACGCCUUCCGUGUCCCAUCGCCUCAUUUUUGGGUAGCCUCGUCACGGGUGGUCUGUACCGGCGAAAACAUAUCAAACAUCUCUCGAUCUUCGCGGACGACCAUUGGGGAUAUCAUGGACAUCUCGCCAUCGUCCUUCGGGUCCUCCCCAACCUCUUAUCGUUCCGCUUGGAAGACGAGAAGGACGUGUUCAGUUUCGUUGUCGACACUGAUCGUGAAUCGGGAAGGCUUCCUGGACGCGCGCUCACCUCCCUGCGAGUAGGAUGGGCAAGUAUUUGCCCCCCUGUAGAUUUCGCCUGGUUGAGGCCAUUGGUGAAUACUAUUCGCACGCUUUCGUCGCCCUACACGGAAUGUGCCAUAACGAAAUAUGCACCAAUACUGUCCAACAUAACCUGCUGGGAACUACGUGGGGAUUCGCGAUCCCUUGAUGAAAUAGGGCGGCAACCGCUUCUUGCCGCUGUCCAGUCUACUCGGGUUAGAUGUAUUCGAUUCAUACGCCAAAGCUGGGCAUGCUCAGUAGACCUUCCGACUCAAUUAUUUAACGUGCUGCCCACGCUGCAGUGCAUCGAACUUUAUGCGAGGGACGAAAUCUCAGACACUUGCUGGUGUUUCUAUCGAGAUGGGGGCCCCGCUGUCAGGGUAUGGUGGCUUUGUGGUCCCGGAGAAGAGUGGAAAACAGACUGGCAGAGCAAUGUAAAGACAAACUGA